AUGGCAUUUUCCCUUAAAAGAAAUUUAAGAAAACUUUUCGAAAAUGAAAAUGAAGGAAGCAUACAUUGCAUAAAUGGAAUAAAAGCAAUUUUUUCAAUUAUGUUGUAUUUUGCACAUAAAACUAUACCACUCGGAUGGACGCCUUUUAACAACAGAAUAUUUUUUACAUUAGUUUCAAAUAAUGUCGGAUCUGUUAUAUUAAGAGCAUCUCUCAUAUACACCGAUAGUUUUUUACUCAUGAGUGGACUUCUCACAUCUUAUAAUUUAACAAAAGAAAUAAUGUCGAAAGGAAAAAUAUCAUGGACGAAAAAAUUAUUGAGUAGAUUAAUACGCCUUACACCGGCACUGCUAGCGGUUUUGCUCUUUUACGGAUACGUUUGGGAUAAUUUAGGUUCCGGACCUAUGUGGAAUUCUCUCGUUAAGAAAAAUGCCGAUAUUUGUAAAGAUUUCAUGUGGAGGAAUUUACUUUACGUACAAAAUUUUUUCCCUUUUGAAAAAAUGUGUGCUCCACAAACUCAUCAACUUGCUUUAGAUAUGCAAUUGUCAAUACUAGCGCCAUUUUUUGUUACUUUGUUAUUUAAAUAUGAUAAAUUAGGUUUUGGUAUAUUGCAAGCAUUAUUUCUAGUGUCUUCGAUAGUUAGAUAUUAUGUUGCUUAUUAUAACGACCUUUCGGUUGUUAUUUAUCAUGGGAUGCCAGUAUCUCAGUUGUAUAAUACUGCAAAUAAACUCUACACACAAAGUUUAUGCAGGGCAUCACCAUAUCUGUUAGGUGUUAUUGUUGGACAUUACUUACAAAAAUAUAAAAAUGAUAUUGUCAUACCUAGAGCUGUUGGAGGUAUUGGCUGGAUAACUGCUUUAUCCCUCGGCUUUUAUAGUAUUAUGUCUACAUCACAAAUGACAUCCAAAGAAUAUGAUUAUAAUGUGACUGAAGCAGCACAGUAUGCAGCAUUAUCACCGGUGACUUGGUCAUUUUCUCUGGCUUGGGUGAUUGUAGCUUGUCACGUUGGAUUUGGUGGAAAACUAAAUGAAUUUUUAAGCAGUAAAAAUCUUUUAGUGUUUAGUAGAAUAUCAUAUUCUUUAUAUCUGACACAAUUUUUAGUAUUUUUUUAUUUAGUUGGUGUAAAAAGAAUACCUGAAACAUUUAGAUUGAUUGAUUGUUUUGACAUAAAGGAAUUUUUUGUAAUUAUAUUCAUCUCAGUAUUGGUUACUUUAGUUUUUGAUAUUCCCAUGAUAGACAUUAAAAAACUAAUAGUUGAUGAUGAAAAAAAUUCAAAGCCUAAAAUAAAUUUACAAGAACCGCUUGAAGACCAAAAGGAAAUAGAAUUUGAACCAACACAAGAUUCCAAAACCGAAGGCGAUCCUCUAAAUGAUUACAUAGAAGUAUCGAAUGCAAACGAAACAGAUUUUGAAAAACUUGAAUUGGAAAAAAAUAAUUUUGACUAUGAUUAUGAUCCAGAAGACCCCGAUGAAGAAGACGCCCCUGAAAAUGUCUUUGUAAAUGAUAAUGAUGAAGAUAUCAUUGAAAUAACAGUACCACUUUUUAAUCAAACUGUUAGAAGGUCCAGUGUAAAUAACAUUCAUGUGGUUAAAAAUUUCAUGUUCAACAUAAAAAUAACAUGUUCCUUGAAUUGCCAACAAUAUUUGUUACCAAGGCCUCAAAACUGA